UUAAUGAAUUGGUUAUGGCGCGAAUCCGAUGUGCAAGUUAUAAAUUUAAACGUGAAACGGUUAUAAAAGUAGAAACCGCCACAAUUGGUCUUUCAAAAACUCUGGAUUCCCUCCCGUCUCAUGUCAAAAUCUCUACCACAGUUGGUUUGAGGAUGGAUCCGUCGCCUCCACUGCCGGAGCCUCUGCCUCCGCCUUCCACUGGUGUUCCGGUGAAGAUCUCCGCCAUACAUCCUCUCGCUCCAUGGUCCACUGGCCUGUGCGAUUGCUGCGAUGACGUCAGGACUUGUUGCUUAACGUGUUGGUGUCCGUGCGUAACGUUCGGUCGGAUAGCAGAAAUCGUUGAUCGAGGAUCGACAUCCUGUGAAGUUAGCGGAGCGUUGUACUCGAUGAUGCUCUGCUUAUGUGGUUGCUCGCGCCUAUACUCGUGUUGCUACCGAUCGAAACUGAGGGGACAGUAUUUCCUGAAGGAAAGUCCUUGUACGGAUUGCUGCGUCCAUUGCUGCUGUGAGUCCUGUGCGCUGUGCCAAGAGUACAGAGAACUACAAAACCACGGAAUUGACUUGUCCAUAGGAUGGGAAGGGAAUUUGGUAAGGGAGAAAAGAAGGUGUGGUGCUAUGGUUCCACCAAUUGUAAAUAGCAUGAAGCGUUAGAAUUGCAGGUAUUAAGGCUCCCUUCGUUUGUGUAUAUUAUAUGUAUAUUAUUUUUAUAUAUUU